GUGAGCGAGCUUUUUUUGAACAAAAACCCGAGAUUGAGCCUCUCCAAGUUUAGUUUCACGCGCAGCGCGAAAGCGUUUGGUUUAAAAUACAAAUAUAACAAAAGAUAAGAAUUUAUUUAAUAUACAAUUUUUAACAACAAUUAAAUUUGUGCACGAAAUAUUAAACAAUUGAUUUAUAAAAAAUGAUUGCCAACAAAUUGUGCUGCACUUUGGCGUUCAGUGCUUUAUUGUGCUUUGGUUUCGUUGCCUUAAUUCAAGCGCAGGAUAAGCCGGUGACUGAUGUGUGUUUGGGUUGUAUUUGCGAUGCCAUCAGCGGCUGCAAUCAGACACGUUUCUGUGGAGGAGGAGUCUGCGGACUAUUCAGAAUAACCUGGGCAUAUUGGGCCGAUGGCGGUAAACUGACCCUGGGCAAUGAGAGCCCCCAAUCGGAAGAUGCCUAUGCCAACUGUGUGAAUGAUCCUUACUGUGCGGCCAAUACGAUUCAGAAUUAUAUGACCAAAUUUGGUCAGGAUUGUAAUGGUGAUGGCGGUGUCGAUUGCUACGAUUAUGCGGCUAUUCACAAACUGGGCGGAUAUGGCUGCAAAGGAGAAUUGGGCUAUCAAUAUCAAAACACUUUGGAUAAAUGUUUGACCAACUUUUCACCCUUGGAUGUCCGUACAUCGGGCUAAAAGACACUCCCACAGACACACACACACUCUCUCACAUAAAUAAUUUAUUUGGAAAUUCUGUAAUUUGAUUGAAUUGUGCAAGGAAAGACUAAAACUAUAAUUAUAUAAACUUUUUUUUCAAAAAAAGCAUUUAUAAUGGAAAAUAAAAAACUUUGUUAAUUUUAUUUUUAACCAACAAUCUCAAAAGAUAUCUUUUUGAUUUUGGAGAUUUUUGUUUUUAAAGCAAA